UGUUUUGUUUUACAUAACUAUUUCAACUAAUUUAUUUGUGGUGUAUAUGUGAUGUACCCGUUCAGCAAUACUACCGACACUAUCAAUAAUACCGACACCAACAACAACAACAACACGACUGUCCUAUUGAAAGUCAACCGAUGGUCAGUGUUUACCGUAUCGCUGAUACUGUCGUGUGUGUCGAUAGUAUUGGUGGCCAUCAGUGAGGAAGUGGCCAACGAUUACUAUCCAAACCAUAUCAAUGAUAAGAUAGUCUUACGAUUCAUACUAAUCGGUUUGGGUAUUGGCGGCGAAAUACUAUCCCUAAUCGGACUGUUCGGGUCGUACUAUGGCCGCCGUGGGCUACUACUGGCCACCAGUUUUCUGACAACAUUGGCCACGUUUGUCGGCUUUGGGUUGGCCACACAUUACCGAUCGUUGUUUAUACUAUGGCUGGUCACCUGUCUGGACAUUGCCCUAUCAUUGUCGGCCCAUUUGCUGACAGUAUUGUUGUUUUUGAAUACAACUACUAGUGGUAGUGGUAGUAGUAGUAGUAGUAGUAGUAAUAGUAGUAGCAAUACAUCCCUGACCAAUGUUGAGCCAACUGUCCAUUAUAGUGGUGGUGUUGGUAGCAAAUUGCUGGCCGCCUAUAAUCAGCCGCCAGCCUAUGAACCGCCGCCACAUUAUAGCCAACUAUAUCUAAAUGUUGUUAGCAAUGGUGAUGGUUGUGGUGGUAGUGGUGGGGAACUGGAGGUAUAUUUAGAUAGUAGUAGUGGUGGUGAUAGUGGUAGUGGUAGUGAUGGUGUAUAUACACCACAACAGUUCAAUACAAUAUCAAAUGUUUAUCGUAUAUAA